UUAUAUUUUUAUUUUGAUCUCUUCAAUAAACAGUCUCUCACAGGAGUCGGUGAUACGAUGCUAUACAAGUACCAGUAAGUAACAACUAACAAGUAGGAUUAAAUUUUUGUUAUUCAAACCACAUUUAUAGAUUUUUAGCCGCCAUUAGACCUCCACAAAACCUUCUCUGAAUCCUCUUUUUUCUUAAAUAAAUCAAUAACAUGAGCAAACAAGGUCCUCCAAAGCACCAAAACAAAUUCGCAUGGAAACCCAAUGCCGGUCGCAAAAUCAAUGAAACGGAACCAGGUGGGAGAUUUCGACCUUUACCAGAAAUUAAUGGGGUGUGUCCUCGUUGUAGAGAUCAAAUUGAAUGGAAGCGCAAAUAUGGCAAAUAUAAACCCUUAGUUGAACCUGCUAAAUGUCAGAAGUGUUCCAAGAGGGCUGUUCGUCAAGCUUACCUGAAUUUAUGUCCCGGUUGUGCUAAAGAUCAGGGUGUUUGUGCUAAGUGUUGUAGUCGUGUGGAUCACAUUGUUGGAAGGAAUGCUGCAGAAGUAGAAGCUGAGCAGAAGCGGCUCGAAGAGGCUAUAAAGAAUGCUCGCGAAAGGGAUAGAAGGUCACUGCUGCGUGCAAUGAAUAAGGAUAAUAAGCCUAAAGGAAAGACCCCAACCAUCCAAGAGGGAAAGGUUGACGGUCUGUUCUCUGCUGAAUCUCUGGAGGAAUAUGCGGAUUUGAGCAGAGAUGAAGAUGAUGGUGAUGAUAGUGUCGACGUUUGCAACUGACGUUUUCAUUAGGUUCCGUCCCUUCAAGGAAUUUUGUGAUGACAAUACUAUCGUUGAUCGGUUGAGUUUCAAUUCAACUAUAUUUUGUCGUUCUUUUCACUGAACGAUGCUAAACGAGUCAAAGUGUAUGGUAUUCUAUCGUGUGGAUGUAAUAGACUGUCUUAUUGAAUUAUAAACCAAAUAUUCAAUUUGAUUUUUUUUUCUCAA